AUGAAAUAUUUAAUAUCCCUUGAUGGUUCGCAACAAUCUCAUAAGGCUUUUGAAUUAGCAGAGUCCUUAUAUAAACCGGGUGACCAUAUUCAUAUAGUAACCAUUUCCAAACCAAAAGAAUCAAUAGAAAAAGGUGAAGAAUUAUUAGAAAAAUAUGAAGAGCUAUGUCAAGAAAGAGGAAUGAAAAACGAAAGAAUAGUUUUAAAAUCUCAAGAUGUUGGGGUUGGUUUAGAGCAAGCAAUUAGAGAUUAUAAUAUAGAUAUUUUAAUUUUGGGUACCAGAGGAAUGAAUACUUUGAAGAAAGUUUUCAUUAACUCGGUUUCCGAUUAUGCAAUGAAUAAUAUUGCUGCCUGCGAUGUCAUUGUGGCCAAAUAAAAGUGGCAUCAGAAAAAAACAAAAACAAAAACAAAAACAAAAAAAAACAAAACAAAACAAAACAAAAAAAAAAGAAAAAACAUUACCAAUAACAAAUAUGUAUUCUUUAUUUAAAUUGAAUAAUGAAUAGUAUAGAAUUUUUAAACUAAAUUAAUAUUAAUUAUUUUAAUAUAUUUUAAAAAAAAGAAAAUAAAUUUAUAUAUUAUU